GAAUGGUUGCUGACGACAGCAUUUGCGAAUUUUUAAGUAUGAAUCUAAAUAAUAAAAAUGGAUAAAAAAUUAGCAGAAUAUAGAUUACGACAAAGGAAAAAUGAAUUAUUAAAUAGUAUAAAUAAAUUGAAAAUUUGGCCUCGUACAAACAUGGAUGAGGUUGUAGUAACAUCUAAUCCAACAUCCGAACAACAACCAAUAAAGACUAACCACAAGGCUGCUGCUGCUGUUUCUACAUCACAAUCACAACAGAAUUUAAAUUCGGACAGCGAUGAUAUAUCCGUGAUAAGUACAACAAGCUCACCAACUAGUGACACUGAUGGAAACCCUCCAAAUUGUUUAGAUUAUUUUUUAUACAUAUUAUAUUUUAUAUUUUGGACAACUUUAUUUUUUGUAUUUAUUAAACUAGGUUUCGGCACUGUUUAUAUAAUAAUAUCAGCAUUAAUUGGUAUUUAUAUUAAUACGGGUACAAAACCAAAAAAAGAUGGUCAAAUGAGUGCAUAUUCAGUAUUUAAUGAAAAUUGUGAACGGAUUGAUGGUACACUAAGUGCUGAACAAUUUGAACGUGAAAUAGGAUAUAAAUUAUAAAUAAUAACCAGACUUUUAAAACACAACAAAAAUUUAUUUGAAAAAAAUUUUGUUCUUUGUUUGAUUUGAUGUAAUACACUUAUUGUAAAUAGUGUAUACACUACGAUACAAAAAUAACAUAAAAUUAUUAAAUUUCGAUUUUUCCCCCAU